AUGUUUGGCAGCCUCUCGCAACUCAUCCCCCCGGUGCCUCCGCCUCCCGAGGGCCCACCCAAGGAUGCUCCACCACCAACACCCGUCGACCUGCCGCGAUGUCGGCCAAGGGCGUCCGAGGGCCGAUCAGUUGCGCCCAGUGACUCGGCAGGCGCCCCGGCACCACCCCAUCUGACGUCCCUCCUGCAGGAUCUUGUCCGCCCGCCAGAUCAAGUCGAUGUAGCUCAUCUCGAGGCCAUCGGCGUCGACGUGACCGCAGAUGUGCCACUUACCCAGCUUGUGCCAGACCCAUCGUGUCUGCCAGACUUUGCCCAAUGGGACACCCUGUCUCGUGAAGAGGCACAAGUUAGUGACUCCGAGUCCCGCCCGACACUCAACAAUGGGCGACUGGCGUCGGGGCCGUCCAAGUACGCCGAACUGCGGCAGAGUCUUGCCACCGAUAACGAAAAGGCCUUCCGGGCUGUCAGGAGGGUGGCUCCCAAGCCUGGGGAGCAGUACGUGAGGCUAGGCUACUGCCAUGAGUUCUUCCGUCACCUCGAGGCUCUGACUGGUUUCUGGGAUGACACCUCGAAACCCAAGCCACCAGACCACACGGGCGGCAAGCCUGUGGCAGAGGGUGAUAGGAACUACGGCUGGUAUCGCACGAGUGCUGGCAGCGUCAUGCCGGCUCAGUACCGCACCCAGCUGCUCACGUCCUUCCUGAAGUUGAUCAUUUACGAUUUUUCAUGUAAUGUCAUGUCAAGGCAAGAACCACGCCUGUACAUCAAAUCGCCCCUACCAGAACCUCAAUCUACACCGGUGUCACCCGCGCCGCCCCGACGUCACUCGUACUUCUCAUCCGGUUGCAACUUCGUGUUCCGCAUGCCCUCGGACCGCGAGUCUGCCAAGCGCGGUAUCGUCGAAGGCCCCAUUGCGGCAGUCAGCCCUAGACACACCACUGUCUUCCCGCCACACGGGCGCGAGCGCGAGUCCGUCAUCGACCUGUCCAGGGAGGUGAUCGCGGCGCUGAUCACCGCGCAGCACAGGGCGCGUGAGGGCCGCAAGGAGGAGCGUGUCGGCAAGGACGCGUGGUGGACGACGAAGCCGCGCUGGGGCGGCGGGCCUGGCGGGCCCAUCGGCAAGGAGGCUGAGGCCCUCGAAGCCAGGGACACGACGGCUGUGCUGAUCGGCGACAAGGACGAGCGUCCGGUGGAUGCCGGGCGGUCCGCGGCGGCCGAGGGAGAGCCCGGUGACGUCGGGGCCCCUCCCAUUGUCAGCCCGCGGCAGUACAUGCUCCCCUCGCCGUCGUCGCGCGGUGGCACCGGCCAGCUGCAGCCUCCGCACCCCAAGCGGCCGAAGAGGGGGCUCGCCGUCUACGAUGCGUACAGGAUGGUGCGGCCGCCCGCGCUGCACUGGGAUCCCAAGACGCGGUACACGCCUGUGGGGCGGCAGCGCGGCGUGGACUACGACGACGUCUUCGUAAUCUCGUCGCUAUUCCACCACAUGUCUGUCCUGCGCGUCAGGGUGCCCGAUCGCCUGCUGCAGGUGCUGGACGGCGCCCCUACUCCGAACGGCAGGGACUGGGGAAAGCUGCAGGUGUGGCGGACGCGGUGGUUCGACUUCUUCGUGCCAGAUGACAGGGUUGAUGCCAUGAAGGCUGUCUGGGGUGUUGUUGCUUACGCCAUGAGGGCGAUGGAGGAAGAGGGGAAUGCGGGAAGUGAGAUGGACGUAGACAGGGGAGGGCCGGGUGCAAGGCGUAGCUGA